AUGGUUAAUACCUCGGAGAAACUGCUGGUUUCCCCUGCAAACAGAGCUCUAGAAGCCGAGGCAAAGUUUUACAACUCGGCAGAACGUGGGCUGCUCAUUCUCGAAAGGAUUGCCAGGGAAAACUCAGUGCAGCAGUUUAAGCUCCACACUGGCAAAGGCCGCAGCUCUUUUGGGCUCAGGCCAGCGGGUUCCGACCGCACGUUGGCGGCGCGGGCUGGGUCCCGGCAGCCUCCGUCCGGGUUGCUGGGGCCGCGGGGCCCUUUGUUCCCGCGGGGCGCCGCCGCCCGUCCGCCCCGAUUCCUCCCUCGCUGCCCCGGGCCAGAACGACCUUGUUUUGCUUUUCGGGCUCGGGAGAGAGGUGAGGGCUUGACCCGGCCGCGGCUCACCGGGUUGCUUACACGGGGAGCAGUAGCGGGCCCCGCGUCACCGCGAAAGGACCCGCGCCUGCUUUCCCCGGGACCCUCAGGGGCGAGCGACGGGCCGCAAGCUUCCGGGAGAGCCUCGGGGGCCGCGGGUCCCAGGCUGCGCCUCCCGCCAGGCCCGGGACUCACUUCUCUUAACGGAGCCGGCGAGACGCCAGCACCGGUGGGCUCGGGUCUCCGGGCUGGCGCCGUGGCGCGGGCCGACGCAUCCUGGAGGGCCCGGGGUGGGGGUGCGGAGCGGCAGAGGUCGCGGCCCCGGGGCGGGGGCGGAGAUCCACCUGGCUACGUGGCAGCCAUUGCGGCGGCCGCGAGACCCCUCCCCACGCGGCCGCCCACCCGCCCUCUCGCGGCGGGCUCCUGCGCGGCUGCUUUUCCCCGGUCGGACGGAGAGCGGCAGUGUGUCCUCGCUCCGCACGCUCGCUGCGUCUCUCCCCGCGGACACAGCUGCUCGCCAGCCCCGCGCCGUGCCGCGCCAGAGAGCGUAGUGGCGGCGGCGGGAAAGGGUUGCGGACCCGCGGCGCUCACUCGACGACACGGCCCGGGCCUCGACGCCCCGGUCCCGCAGCAGCCUUGUUUUACAGAUAAGAAGAGACUGAGGAAUAUUCAAAUUGCUAGAAAAGUCACUCAAUCGAGGUACUUCAUCUGUGGGAAGACAUUACAGGCCUCAGUAUGGUGGGUGCUGAGAUGUAAGAAGACCACUUUAGAGUUGCAGACAUCAAUCUGUGGCCUUCCUAAGCACAUGAGUAUUGUCAGUGCCAGCCAGCCCGAUCUCACUAUGUAGCUCUGGCUGUCC